AUGGACGGGUCUCCUGCCCUGCUCCUCCUGCUCGCUCUGGGACUCUGCUGCCCCGGGACCCAUGGCCAGAUGUAUGAGAUGAAGGUCAAGUUUCGUGACACCAUCACCCAGCUCCGGGUGGGACAGCGGCUGGAACUGGAGUGUCAGACUGACAGGGAUUAUGGAGUGUUCUGGGUCCGUCAGGACAAGAAUGGGACCCUUCACUUCAUUGUCUUCAUCUCUUUCCUGUCCCGAGUCACCUUCAAGGGGAAUCAGAGAACAUCCACACGCUUCGAGGCCAGCAAAGACAACACUAUCUAUCGGUUGGUAGUGAAGUCUUUCACAGAGGAGGAUGAGGGGAACUAUUUCUGCCUCACGAACAUCAACCAAAGGCUGUACAUCAGCCCUGGCCUGCCUGCCUUCUUCCCAGUCAUCACCACACCGGGACCCACCACUCAACGUGGUAUCACUGGAAAGGACUCCGACGUCAGGACCCCGGAUCCAGAGUCCAGCACGGAGAAGGACCUGAAUUCCUUCUGUGAUGGUGUCAUCUGGGUUCCCUUGGCAGGUGCCUGCCUCCUGCUCCUCAUCGCCCUGGCCAUCACCAUCCUGCAGUGCCCAAAAACCAGAAGACGAAGGUGCAGGUGUAAAAGGUUAGCACUAAGGAACAACAGCAGAGAGGCUGCUGCAAACUUGGAUGACUUUCCUGAGAAACAGCACUGCAGACAGGAAUAG